CUCAACCACAAGACCAACGAGAAAACGCGCGUUAUACUCUUUUCCAGAAAUGGGGAAGAGACCGCCGAACCCAUCAGACAUCGAAAACGGACUACCACCAUUACCACCACCAGCUCGACCUCCGUUUCGCCCUCCCAUUCCCGUGCCAUGGUACGCGUGGCUCGUGCCUCUCAUCUUCGCAGCCAACUUCAUCACAUUCGCUACCACAAUGUAUGUGAACGAUUGUCCCGCGAGAUCAGAUGAGUGUAUUUUGUUUGAUGUCCUUGGAAGGCUUUCGUUUCAGCCGAUGAAGGAGAAUAUGCUCCUGGGUCCUUCUAUUCCCACGUUGAGAAGACUUGGAGCUCUCGAGAGGAGACUUGUGGAGGAAGGUGAGAGAUGGCGUCUCAUCUCUUGCAUAUGGCUUCACGGUGGGCUCCUUCAUCUGCUGGCUAACAUGAUCAGCCUCCUCUGUAUAGGCAUGCGCCUUGAACAAGAAUUUGGAUUCUUGAGAAUAGGAGCCUUGUAUGUUCUCUCUGGUCUUGGUGGAAGCCUUAUGUCUUGCUUGACAGAUUCAAGAGGAGAAAGGGUAUCAGUAGGAGCAUCUGGCGCCUUGUUCGGGUUACUAGGUGCAAUGCUCUCAGAGCUGAUCACAAACUGGACAAUCUAUGAAAAUAAGUGUACCGCACUUAUGACAUUGAUCCUGAUCAUCGCACUGAACCUAAGCGUCGGAUUCUUACCACGUGUAGACAACUCUGCUCAUUGUGGAGGGUUCCUAGCAGGUUUCUUACUAGGGUUUGUCCUUCUUCUCCGUCCGCAAUACGGAUACGUGAACCCCAAGUACAUACCUCCUGGCUAUGACAUGAAACACAAGAAAUCAAAACACAAGUGUUAUCAACACAUCUUCAUGUUUACAUCUCUAGUCAUCCUUCUUGCGGGAUUCAUAGCGGGAUAUGCCAAGCUUCUCAGAGAACAUACCGCAGGGAACGUGCCAUUCAGGGAUGUCAAUUAGCAUCUUGUAGCCAGCAGCAUCACUGACACAUCGUCUGUAAAAGAUCAUUUCACAAGAUCCCAAAAUUUUCCCACAUUUGAUACAAAUAUCAUCAUCGCAAAGUGAUACAUUUGACGAAUCAAAAAGUAUUACGUAUGUAUCAUACAUUUCCAAAGGCUGUUGUAACUAUACAAUUUGUAUAAGAAAAGCGUAUAUUAACUGUAGGAAACUUUUUUAUACUAGUUUCUGUUGUAGC